AUGGGCUUCAUACCACCACACAUGCUCAAGGCCAAGGCAGCGAGCCAGAACGUCUCUGCUGAAGAGCGGGAGGCGUCAAGGAAGACGAUGGUGAUGGAUGCUGCUAGACAGGCGCAGAAGGAGGGUGGGGAGAAGGGAAAGACGAGUGGUGGUGGUGGGGGUUCGACGGAGGUGAAGGGCGAGCACAAGAAGGAAGACAGAUCCACUCGCCAUCCCAGUCCCAACCAACCGCAGCAGGCCCAGAUUUUCCUAUCUGACCAACACGACGAGAAUCAGUCGAUGCGAAAACAAGAGCGGCGGACCCUUGCAGCGCGGGAGUUCUCGGUCCCGCUGGGGCAGCCUGCCAGCCUCAAAAUUCCCAAGACCUGA